AUGGCAGAUUAAUUGAAUGCAUCCUUCAUUAAACAGUCAGAGGACAUUAUACAAUCCAAAAAAGAAGAAAUUCUUUAGUUUUUUGAUCAGAAAGGCUACAAAGCUGAUUCGGCAUUUGAUGAUUAACUUUGGUUUUUUCCAGAAAUCAAUUCAGACCAAGAACAUAUACUAUGGAAGGUGAUAAGUGAUACUAUUGGAUAAGAUUAAGUUUAUGAUGAGAAUGUAGGAUUGUUCAUUUAAUUAGUUUGCAUCAGAAGCAACCAUUGAUACUUUUGUUUAGAAAUUAUUGGAUUAAGCAAAAAUGAUACAUCUUAAAAUCCUUGAUUUUCAAAAAAAUAUUGAUUAUUUCAAGGAUGAACUUACUAAUUUUGAUAAAUUUUCAAAAGUCAUUGAAGCAAGUAUUAAAAAUCAAUAAAUCAAUUAGAUUAGACUGAAUAUAAUUAAGAAAAUGCUUUAGUCGUUUCCUUCGUGGAUCAAGUCAAUUAAAUUAGCGAAAUGUAAAAAGUAUUGAACAAAUAUUCAUUUCUUAGUUUUAUAAACUGAAAUAUAAAGUUGGAACUAUUCAUCAAAAUUAUCAACCUCUUUAUCCAGAGAAUUCAAAUAGAUCUACUUGUAUUUCUUUGGACAAUACUAUUGAUUCUAUAACACUUGUUGUAAUGGGGAAGAGAUUAGAUAAAAAUUUAGGAGAUGCAAGAACAUUAGGUGAAGAUUUUAAAGAAUUAGCAUAAAUUAAAAUACCUGUUCUUGACAUCUAUUAAUAAAUUAGGCCAAGACAUUUUGCUCUUCCAACUAUACCUUAAUGCUAUUUGAUAGUAAAUUACUAAGAUUAAAGUUUGGAUGCUCCCUACAUAGAUAAUGUAACUGUUAAUCUAAGAUUUGAUGUCAGACUCUCAUUUGAAGAUAGAAUCAAUAUCAUUAAAUAACAGAAGGAAUACAAGAGUGGAUUAAUCGAAGUAACCAUUUUAUUUUAAUAUUACAAGAAAUUCUAAGAGAAACUUAAGCAAAGAUUGACUUUGAUGGAAUAACUUUUGUGUCCAUUUAAAAUUAAUCCUAAAUUGUAAUAUGUUACUGCAAAGGGAAUCGGAUUAAAAUAAGAUUUUAAAGAUGAACCUAUUAAACCAAAAAGUGAGAGAAAUAAAGAAGAAAUCAAACCACCUAAAGAAAGAGAAGCAUGUUGCAUGAUAUAAUGA